AUGGCAAUAGUAAUUUUGCCGAAUGGGCACCUUGCAAAAUUUGACUAUUUACCCGAAAGUGUCCAAAAGUGUUUUUAUUUUCAUCGGGAUCGUGCUGCUGUAAUUUCCAUUUCAUCAUGCAGUAGAUCAUGUUAUAUGAACAACAUGUUGUGCAAAGUUCGAUGUUCCUUGCGAUCAGGACGCCGUUUACUUAAAUACCUUGGGUUACAGAAAGGAAUCAGACUGCUUUCCUAUGGUACAGCAGCUGUAAAAGCAGAGGAGACUAUUCACCCCAAAGAACGGCCCUGCAGUGACGCCCUCACGUGGGUCUCGGAUUAUGCACCAUGCUUUGGUAUACAUGGAAAUUCUGUAGAGAUUCUUAAUACUCCAGAUGAAUUUUAUCAGACUUUGAAGACAAAUUUCAAAAAUGCCAAGAAGAGGAUUGUGAUUGCCUCCCUUUAUCUGGGGACUGGCCAGUUGGAGCAAGACCUGGUGAAUGGCAUUGAAUAUGCAUGUGAGAGGGCAAAAUCAUCUGGGAACAAGGACUUUGAGGUCCAUAUAUUGCUGGACUACAACAGGGGGUCCCGAGGGGGUGAUGUAUCCUCCCGCACCAUGCUGACCCCCCUCCUGGAGAGAUUUGAGGGAAUGGUCCAGGUAUCCUUGUACCACACCCCAGACCUGAGCGGCUACCUGAAGCAGUACCUACCCCCCAAGCUGGAUGAAACCGUGGGGGUGCAGCACAUGAAGGUGUACCUGUUUGAUGACAGUCUGGUGAUGAGUGGAGCCAACUUGAGUGAUAACUACUUCACAAAUCGCCAGGAUCGCUACGUACAAUUCAAUGACUGUCCAGAAAUGUGCAACUUUUUCUCAGGACUUGUGAAGACUGUGUCUACUUUCAGUUUAUCACUGACUGCAGACAACAGUACAAAACUUCAUCCAGAAUGGGAAAUACAUCCUUAUGAAGGAGAUCACAAAGAUUUCAAGGAGGCAGCAGGCAAAACAGUUUCAAAAUACAUUAAAUCUGUGACUGAUGACCAGGCAGACAGACAGACAAAGAAGAAAAUUAAAUUUGACACUAAUGUGUAUCCACUCCUUCAGAUGGCACUGUUUGGUGUCCACACAGAGGAGAUGUUUGUGAAGCAACUAUUCCGUAGUGCCAGUGAUGGGGUUAAAAUCUCCCUGGCAACAGGAUAUUUCAAUCUGACCAAGCAAUACCAGAACAUUAUUGUGCUAGAGUCUUUGGCAAACUUCAAUCUUUUAAUUGCAUCUCCUCAGGUGAACGGGUUUUAUGGAGCAAGGGGUGUAAUGGGAAACAUCCCUGAUGCUUACACGUAUAUCGCCUCCAGCUUUUACCACCUGGUGAAGUAUUAUAACAUGCAACAUCGGAUCCACCUGUAUGAGUACUACCGCCAUCAGUGGACGUACCACGUGAAGGGACUCUGGUACUACCUGCCCAACCAGAACCUCCCCUUCCUCUCCAUGAUGGGAUCCUCCAACUUUGGCCAUCGAUCUGUGCAUAGAGACAUAGAAUGUCAGAUAGCUUUAGUUACCCAGAACAAGCAACUACAGACGCAGCUACAUCAGGAGCAAGUAAAUUUUUUCGCCAAUGGAGUUGAAACAAAUGAGGAAACUUUCCAAGAAACGGACAGAUACGUGCCGAUGUGGGUCAAACUUGCCUCCCCUUUUUUACGACGAUAUUUAUAGUACAUUCUGUGUUGUUUGCAUUUCCUUAUGGGCAUUACUUUCACUUUUCAUUGUUUUGUUACGUAUGUGUUAGAGAUGUAAUCAGUAUGUUAUUUAUGUCUUUGAUGGUAGUGCUUAUGCAGCAAGAAUUCAUUGACCAUUGAUCACCGUGCAUGGAAUCUGCAAACAUCUGUGAUAAAUCAUGAAUCUUGGAAAUUAAACAUAUAUAUAAACCAAUGAUUGGUAGUCUUCUUAAUCUUCUUUACCUACCAAGUUGAUUAUUUUCUGAGCAGAACCCUAGAAGCCAAGAGUCAUUUCAUGGAUUUUGUGCUGUCAGAUCAUUGUUUAAGAACCCUUUAUGGUACAGACAGCAAUUCAGGUUUAUUUGUAGAUGACCCAGCCCCCUUGAGGUCAAAAGUCAAUGUUAAAACUUUUCUUGACAACACUGAUUAUGAGUAGACUUAAAUAUUGUCCACUCUCUGUGUAGAACUUUUUAAAGUCAAUAGGGCAAAUACUGUUUUACUAAAAUCACAUAAAAAAGUUACCCACUCCAAGAUCUUAUAAAUUAUUUGAUACACUGAUACCCUUUUUUGGAGUAGGGGACCUCUUUUAAGGUCAGGGUUCAAACAACUCUGGACCAGGAAAAUACUGUUCAUUCAAUAUAUAUUGUUCAUUUGAUAUAUAUGAUUCAAUGUCAUAUAUAUUGUUCAUUCAAUAUAUAUGACAUUGAAUCAUAUAAUAUUUUUUUUUUAAGUGGGUUUUCCAUAGGAAAAUCUGGAUAUUGAAAUGGUGAAAAUAGCGGUUGGGUGUGCGGGUUGGGGGCCACCAAGGGGAAUUCCUAUUGUACAGAUAACUCCUCCUACAGUUCUCAAGAUAAGAAGUUGUUGUUUUGCAUAUCAAUUGUAUAUAUAUCAGAGAUGUCGAGAUUACUUGGAUUGUGAUUAUAGAUAAUUAAUGAAAAAAAAUACCAGCUGUCGAA